UUGUCGUCGUUGACUUGACAUUGAGAAGCGACAUAUAUUCAACCCUAGCUAGUACCGUCCAUCGAUUAAUGUUAUUCCUUGGUCAUCAAGAAAUGUAAAGGGGAAUGCGUACAGACGGUACAAGGCAGCAAGUUUAACCAGUCCGGGUAGCUAUAGCUUUUAAAUCUCUAGGUGUAAUGUUUAGAAAUAUUGACAGAGUCAAAACAGUUCUGUGUACAGAUGUUACCAGCUGGGAAGCAAGAAACCGCUAAUCUGGUAAUAACAGUGGCAUAGCUGUUGAUAGAUAGGAGACAGUAGGGGACAUCGUUGCGUAUUUUCAUUAUACAGUUCCGAUGUAUUGAGUCCAAUAAUUCUCGACUAGACCAUGACCGAUAUGAAAGAAAAGACGACUAUUCGCCAACAGAGCUCCGAGAAUAACUCUGUCAGCAGUAGUGAAUGGGAUAUGGCAAAUGAUGUAUUUGUAACCGGCUACGAAGACAAUCCGACGGGAGAUAGUGUUGGGGACAGGGACGCAGUGGACAGACACCUGCCGUUAUUACGAGGGGAUUCGCAUCAGGAUGGCCUAAUGCUGGGCCUGGCUGGGGAGGAAUAUUCGAACUCAUCGUAUUUGGACAUUGAUCCAAGCUACACUGAAAGUGAUGGGAAAAUCACAACCAAGAAACGCCUACGUUCAAACAGCUCUAGGCACCGCGGUGAGAUUGUCACAGAGCUGGGAGCAGAGGAAGUCCGGUGGUUUUACAAAGAGGACAAGCGGACCUGGAAGCCAUUCGUCGGACACGACUCUUUAAAAAUCGAAAUCGUCUUUCGGCGAUUCUGUGAACAGAAUCCUGACAAAGUCAAACGCCCCGUCGAAUCCGCCGAGGCCGAGGGGAAGGGGGCAGUCGGUUGCAGCGAGAUCCAGGAAAGCGGUGCCGUGGACAGUGGAGGUGUCCGGGCGGAGCCGGCGGUGCAGGAGGACUCGGAAAUAAGGAACGGCGUGGAGGCAGUGUGUGUCAGAGGGGGGCUUUAUGAAGUGGAUAUCAGAGAGAAGGAAUGCUAUCCCGUUUACUGGAACCAGCAAGAUCGUAUUCCAGUGAUGAGGGGUAAAUGGUUCAUUGAUGGAACGUGGCUUCCCCUGGAGGAGGAUGAGAGCGACCUCAUUGAGCUGGAGCACCUUGCUUGUUUCCGUGGACAACAGAUGAGAGACACCUAUGAGAUGGAGGCAGUGACCACCAUGGUGGAUAGCAAGGAUGCCAUCCACAGUCUGAAGCUAAGCAGAAGUCAUGUGGACUGGCACAGUGUGGACGAAGUGUAUCUGUACAGUGAUGCCACCACCUCCAAGAUCGCACGCACCGUCACUCAGAAACUGGGAUUCUCUAAAGCCUCCAGCAGCGGGACACGUCUCCAUCGCGGGUAUGUGGAGGAGGCAGCACCUGAAGACACCCCACCUGAAACAACACACAUUGUCUUUGUGGUGCAUGGCAUUGGCCAGAAGAUGGACCAGGGCCGCAUCAUCAGGAACACCAGCAUGAUGAGAGAAGCUGCCAGAAAGAUGGAGGAGAAGCACUUCUCUGAUCAUACUACAGAGCAUGUGGAGUUCCUCCCUGUGGAGUGGAGGUCAAAAUUGACUCUGGAUGGAGACACAGUGGACUCCAUCACUCCAGACAAGCUACGAGGUCUCAGAGACAUGCUGAACAGCAGCGCCAUGGACAUCAUGUACUACACCAGCCCUUUGUACAGAGACGAGAUUACCAGGGGUUUGACUCUGGAGCUGAACCGUCUGUACUCACUCUUUUGCUCACGGAAUUCACACUUUGAGAAAAAUGGGAAGGUGUCUAUAGUGUCGCACUCGUUGGGCUGCGUCAUCACCUUUGACAUCAUGACAGGCUGGGACCCCAUCCGCUUUCAUCACCAAGAAGCGCCAGACCCAGAGGAGAUAAAGGUCCGUUGGCCAAGUGAUGAAGAGCGCCACCUUCAGGAGCAGCUGAGACUCACACGCCUCAGGUACUGCAUAGGUUAUUGUUCUGGAAGAGCUGAGAAGUUCGCCUAUUGUCCUG